AGUUGUCGCGACCGCCCAAGUACACAUUGCCUCCAUCUUCAAUCGGCUUGAUCUACAGAGUUACAUUGGCACUGUGUAUCUACUGACAUCGACUGUUUUCUUGCCACCCUUCGCGUCGAUAUCAGACAUAUUCGGCAGAUACUGGGCCUUACAGCUAGCCCUCCUAUUGUUCAUGGUCGGCAGUGCCAUCAGUACAGGCAGUCAAAAUAUGGCUACUAUGUUGGCGGGCAGAGGUGUCGCUGGCAUCGGCGCUGCGGGGCUACUUGCCGUUGUUCGCAUUGUUCUUACAGACACAGGCUCCCUGACCAAGACCAGCUGGCAGCAGGGCGUUCUCUUCCUUCUUUACACUAUUGGAUACUGCUUGGGUCCGUUCAUUGGAGGAGAGCUUAUCACCGUCUCCUUCCGUUGGAUCUUCGCAAACAGCCUACCCUGUGCUGCUGCUGGAAUGGUCCUCGCCUUCCUUCUUCUCCGCACACGUGCGAAGGGGAGCCAGCCAUCCAGGAGGCUUCCGACGACCGCGUCCACACACGAGACUUUCCUGGACAAGUUUCUGCGCAUCGACUGGAUCGGCGCUGCAUUCUUCAUGGCUGGCGGUAUUCUCAUCCUUCUCGCACUUAACUGGGGUUCGAACGAGAAGUGGAACGAGGCAAAGGUCAUCGCGUGCUUCGUCGUUGGCGGCAUCUGCAUCAUACUCUUCCUGCUGUGGGAGUACUUCCUCGAGCGUGAGGAAGUCGCCGCCCGCCCCACCUCGAGCCGUCUGCGCGCGACAGAUCCGAUGAUCCCACUCGAGCUAUUCAAGUCGCUCGACCUCUGUAUCGUCAUGUACUGCACCUUUGUCUCGGGCAUGAUUAUGCUCGUCAUGUUCUACUUCGUGGCGAUUUUCUUCGUCAUCGUCUCAAACUUAUCCGCUACCAGCGCAGGUGCACAGCUCAUCUACUUCGCGCCUGGCAUGGGUGGCGGUAGCUUGAUUGCGAUGCAGGUGAUUAGGCUGACUCGACAGGCAAGAUAUGCCGUCUGGCUUGGUGGUGCCAUCUCCACCGUAGCUCUGGGUCUCAUCUCCAUGGGUAUGAACGAGAACAAGCAAGGCCUUGUCAACGGCUUUAUGGCUAUGGCCGGCGCCGGCACUGGCAUGGUCUUUGCUCCGCUAGCCGUCCAGGCUCGUUUCGCCCAGCCGGCGGACCGCAAUGCCAUCGUCUCUGCGCUGUCUCUCUUCUUCCGCUCUUUCGGCGGCACCGUCGGCUUGGCCCAAUGCGCCGCCGUGCUCAACGGCAAAGUGAACUCGUACAUCCGCCACCUCAUCGCCGACGGCACGAUCUCGCCCUCGCAGGCGGCAGCCAUCGCUGCCGCGUCGUCUACCGGCCUGGACUCGCUCGACAGCAUCAACUCGCUGCCGCCGCAGGUCCAGAGUCUCGUGCGCGACGCGUUCCGCCAGGGCUCGCGCUUCGCCUUUAUCUCGCUCAUCCCCUGGUGCGGCCUCGCCUUCAUCGUCUCGCUCUUCCUGUCCAGGAUCCCCGACGGCGACCGUGGGCUGGACGCAUCGGAGAACGCCCAGGAGACGGAUCUGCGGUACGAUGCAGCGCCAAAGGAUGCGAGCUCGCCGACUUUGAGCUCGGAGAAGCCGGGUGAGCAGCGCGUGUGAGCUAGUUUGUCGGAUGUGCAUGUAUACUGCCAACACUAAGAGCGGUGCCGACACUGCGUUUUCAGACUAAUUCCGGUUCUUCGUGGUAUCCCGUUGUAUUUGUAUUUGCGUAACGCCAUGGUCAGUCUUAUGUACACGCCCAGUAAUUAUGACAUUGGUUUC